CCUACAGUCUCUCAACUUUUUGUCACCACUUCCUUUUCAAAACGUUUCUUCUAUAUCAAAGAAGAAAAUAUGGGUGUAAAAGGCAAGUUGAUUGCUUCAGUAGAGGUGAAGUGUGGAGGACACCCGAUUCAUGACAUUUUACACACCAGUACUCAUUAUAUAUCUGAUAUAAGUCCUGGUAAGGUCCACAAAGUUGUAAUUGAUGAAGGUGAAACCAUAAAAGUUGGUUCGAUUGUUAGCUGGAAAUAUAGCGACGAUGGAAAUGAUAAGAUCUGUAAAUCAGUUAUCGAAGCCGCGGAUUAUCAGAAGAAAUCAAUCACUUGGAAAGUGAUUGGAGGAGAUCUGUUAGAGUUGUACAAUUUCUUCACUAUUACCACAUCCCAUGACCAACAAUGGACUACAUGGACACUUGAGUACCAGAAGAAAACUGAAGACACCCCAGAGCCUCUCGUUUUCUUGGGUUAUCUUCUACAUGUGACCAAAGAUAUAGAGAGUCACCUUCUCAAGUAAUAUAUAUAUAUAUAUGUGUGUGUGUUGUGUGUGUUUGUGUAUGUAUGUAUGUAUGCAUGUAUGUUAAUACACACAUAUACAUAUCUUUGUGUGUGUAAUGAGUAUUUGGCAAUAUUAGCUAGUUCUAGCUAGCUCUGUGUGAAAUAAAGAAUGUUUUGUUUGAAGAAUAUAUUAUAUAUGCACUCUCCUUGUAUUGAUGUAUUUCCGAUGGUGAAUAUAUAUAAGAUAUUAUGAAUUUUGCAA